AAGAAAUUGAAAAUGAGUUGGCUCGGGAUCACAUUCCUGCUAUGUUUUGUACUAAAUGGCUUCACAGAAGCAAGGCAUUACCCACCUGCAGCAGUACUUGUUGGCACUGUAUACUGUGACACAUGCUUCCACCGUGACUUCUCUGAGGCUAGCCAUUUCAUUUCAGGUGCAUCUGUUGCAGUAGAAUGUGGACACUCAAGAAAUGGGCCAAGCUUCAGAAAGGAAGUGAAAACAGAUGAUCAUGGAGAGUUCAGGGUGCACUUACCUUUCUCAGUCAGCAAACAUGUCAAGAAAAUCAAGGGCUGUUCUGUGAAGCUAAUCAACAGCAGUGAACCAUUCUGUGCUGUGGCUUCUUCUGCAACUUCAUCUUCCAUCCAUCUCAAGGAAAGGAAGGAAGGGAAACAUAUAUUUUCUGCUGGGUUUUUCACGUUCAAGCCUCUUAAUCAGCCAGAACUCUGCAACCAAAAGCCAAGCAUCCAUGGGGGUUUCAAGAAAAUCAACAGUGCAGACUCUCCGAUAACAGAUCCUAAUAAUCCUGCAUUUCUGCCUCCCAUUCGAGAUCCACCACCAGCUGCGACUCCACUCCUUCCGCCUGUUACCGGAGUGCCACAGCUCCCUGUUCAGCUUCCCUUGCCUCCGAUUGGGAUUCAGAUUGGGAAUCCAUUGAAUCCACCGGCGGUGCGCCAAGAGGCAACGUUUUCUGAGCAUCCAAAGAUAAAGUCUAAGUAUUUAAAUCCUGAUGAUCCCUCAUUUUUCCCGCCAAUUCAAGAAGCGCCGCCGGGAUUGUUACCUCCAAUAAUACCAGGAGGUAUUAUUCCGCCAUUGCCGGAACUCCCUCCACUCUUGCCGAGCAUUCCGGGACUUCCCUUGUUUCCACCAGAAUCUAAAAAGCCAAAAAAACCAAAUAAGUUAGCAACAGAAUCUCAGGUAACAGAUGAAAAGAUAGCUCAGCCUAGAUUUUUCGCUCCGGUAGGCGGUCUGCCUCCAAAUCCCUUGCUGCCUCCGCCAUCUGUACUUCCUCCAAAUCCCUUACUACCUCCGCCAUCUGUUCUUCCUCCGAAUCCCUUCCUGCCCCCGCGUUCUGUCCUUCCUCCGAAUCCAUUAUUGCCACCGCCUUCUGUAGUUUCCCCCAACCCUUUACAGCCACCAACUUCAACUCCUUCACUCACCCCUUCUCCACCUUCACUUUUACCUCCACUGUUCCAAUCACCACCACCUUCAGCACAGCCACCCGUUCCAUUGCUGCCAUCUCCAUCCUUUCCAACUCCUAUCCCGCGAUUUCCCUUCCAGCCAACACCUCUUUUCCCUGGAGAUCCACCAGCUGCCACUUCUACUAAGAAGAGUUCACCAUGAUGGCCUCAACUUUUUUUUUCUUGUUCUAGAACUUCCUUUCAAGCUUUUCUUUAAUUCUGUUCCCUGUCAUGUAAUGUUAGCGUGCCUGCACUCAACAAUUGUAGUGAUUGUGAAAUAUAUAUAUAUAUAUGUAAUGUUCCUGAAAUAAAUCUGAUACUUCUCUGAA